AGCCACUCCAGGCGACAAGACGGGGCGUUUGUCCUGGGGGACCUGCCGUCACCCUUAGUGGUCCAGCAGCACCGUCUCAGCCUCACUGGCCAGAGCAGCUGCCCUGCAGGGGCCUUCAAGUCCUGGAGAGCUAUGUCAGAUGGACACCCGCUCCGGGAGCCAGUGUUCCGUCACCCCAGAAGCCAUACUCAACAAUGAAAAGCUGGUCUUGCCACCCCGCAUCUCCAGAGUGAACGGCUGGUCGUUACCCCUGCACUACUUCCAGGUGGUGACCUGGGCUGUCUUCGUGGGCCUUUCCUCGGCCACCUUCGGGAUCUUCAUUCCCCUCCUGCCUCACGCGUGGAAAUACAUUGCCUACGUGGUGACCGGGGGGAUCUUCUCCUUCCACCUCGUCGUCCACCUGAUUGCCUCCUGCAUCGACCCGGCUGACUCCAAAGUCAGACUCAUGAAGAACUAUUCUCAGCCCAUGCCCCUCUUCGACAGAUCAAAACAUGCACACGUGAUCCAGAAUCAGUUCUGCCACCUGUGCAAGGUCACUGUGCCUCAACACCCUCCCCCAGCCUCCCAUUCCCUGCUGGAUGCCCACUCCCCAGGCCACACAGGGCUGGUUCCUCCAAGGCACCUGGCUUCCAGUGAUGGACCUCUGGCCCUGCCCCAACCUGCGCACUUGGGGCCUGACAGGCAUUCCCCGAUUCAUCCCUCCAGGAACAAGAAAACCAAACACUGCAUUUCCUGCAAUAAGUGUGUGUCCGGCUUCGACCACCACUGCAAAUGGAUCAACAACUGCGUGGGAAGCCGGAAUUACUGGUUCUUCUUCAGCACUGUGGCCUCGGCCACAGCUGGCAUGCUCUGCCUGAUUGCCAUCCUGCUGUACGUCCUCGUCCAGUACCUCGUGAACCCCAGGGUGCUCCGCACGGACCCCAAGUAUGAAGAUGUCAAGAAUAUGAACACGUGGCUGCUGUUCCUCCCCCUGUUCCCGGUGCAGGUGCAGACCCUGAUAGUCGUGAUCAUCGGGAUGCUCGUGCUCCUGCUGGACUUCCUUGGCUUGGUGCACCUGGGCCAGCUGCUCAUCUUCCACAUCUACCUGAAGGCCAAGAAGAUGACCACCUUUGAGUAUCUCAUUAAUACCUGCAAAGAAGAGAGUUCAAAACAUCAAGCAGUGAGGAAAGAUCCAUACGUGCAAAUGGACAAAGGAUUUCUCCAGCAAGGAGACGGCGCCCUGGGCUCAUCUGCACAGGGAGUCAAGGCCAAGAGCUCCCUGCUGAUUCACAAGCACUUAUGUCACUUCUGCACUUCAGUAAACCAGGAUGGGGAUUCGACGGCACAGGAAGCAGAUGAUGCCCCGAGUACAUCUACACUUGGGUUUGAUCGGCCAGUGGCAAUAUCUUUGGAAACUUGCGUAUUUACCAGGUGUGUGCAUCCUGUUGUGUUGAUCCCUCUCCCCUCCCAGAAAAGUCAUUGUAGGCCCAAGUCGAUGAAGGGACAGAUUGUGAAAGAACAGACGCAGAGCAUGGAAUAACUGGCCAGGACUUAGUCAGUAUCUACUGAAACCUUGAAUAUCUUGGCUGUGUUAACUGUUUUGACCCAACAUGGAGCGAAAAUGUUGGUUGUACCUUGAGAUUCUGACAUCUGGUUGAAGUCCAGGGUCACUGGCCCAGGACAGGUCAUUCAGCUGUUUGAAAAAAAACAGAAGAGAGACCAGGCCAUCCACUGAGGUAAUCUCCAUGCAGCAUAGACCACUGGUUCCAAUGAACCCACCAUCACCAUACUUCUCAGGAAUCGCUGGUCACUAGACUGAGAGUUCUGUGAAAGCUGAGAUCAUAUCUUACUAAUCUCUGUGUUCAUGGUUCCCAGCUCAGGGUCUAGCACUGAGGGAGUUCUCAGGAGAGUGUUCAUCAAUUAUUGAAUAAAAGCAAUUGCAAACCUCC